GGGUCGAGGGUUCGAUAUGUAGGCGCGGUGAACGGCGGCCUUGGGUUUUAAUCGUUUGGAGCCGCCAGUCUCCGUCGCCCCAAAACCCUAGAGCCCCAGGAAGGUAGAGAGCGAACUGAGGAGGACAGGAUGGACAAGAGCAUGCUGGGAGAUCUGGACUCGCUUCCCGAGGAGGACAAGAUCAGGAUGUCCGCCAUGAUCGAUCAGCUCCAGAUCCGCGACAGUUUAAGAAUGUAUAAUUCACUGGUAGAGAGAUGCUUCUCUGAUUGUGUGGACACCUUUCGGCGCAAGUCUCUUGAUAAGCAGGAAGAGACGUGUGUCCGUCGGUGCGCGGAGAAGUUCCUGAAGCACUCUAUGAGGGUUGGAAUGAGAUUUGCAGAGCUCAACCAGGGUGCUGCCACACAGGAUUAGUCCCCAUGCAAUUUCAAAAGAAGCGAAGUCACUGUGAUUCUGUGGUUUUUUUUUGAGAAAUCACUUCGGUCCUAAUACAGUGCUCUUUUUUUUUCUGUAGUAGAUUUAUUUCUCAGCUCAAUGGUUGUACCCUUGCUGAAAGGGGAUGAAGGAAUUUUUAUUUGUUUUGGUGAGAAGAUUUGAGUGUUAACAAAACUUGCAACAAGUUUUUGACUUGGCGGUUGUCUGACAUAGCUAUUGUUGUGUUUGGCACCAAUAGCAUUUCUAAACUGUUUGUCAUCAGCAGGAGCAGCGAAUAAUAUGAACUAUUGUCUAUUA